GCACGUGAGCCGUGUGCGGGGCUGGCUGUCGGCGCGCGUGCCCCGCGGCAGCGGGUGCAACCUCGCGUGUGCUGCGGGCGGGUGCGCGGGGAGCGGGAGCGAGGCGGGCAGGGGGAGCGGCAGCGGCGGAGGCAGAGGAGGGGAAGGGGGGGGAGGAACGGGGACGAGCCGCCGCACACUUUCGCCACUGCACGGGAGAAGGGGGGAACGGAGGCUGCAUGUGCGCAGCGUCGCUCGCGGAUCUCCACGGACUCAUCUCAGCAUCCCGCCGGCUCCAUCAAAAGCAGCGACGAAACGUCAGCCGCUGCCAGACAUGGAUGAAGGAAUCUCCCGCUUGCCGGAGAGGCAGUUACUGGAGCACAGGGAUUUUAUAGGGCUGGACUACCCUUCCCUGUAUAUGUGCAAACCCAAAAGAGGCGUGAAGAGGGAUGAGAGCAAGGAAACAUACAAACUGCCACACAGACUGAUAGAAAAGAAGCGGCGAGACAGGAUUAACGAAUGCAUUGCCCAGCUGAAGGAUUUACUGCCCGAGCAUCUGAAAUUGACGACGCUGGGACAUCUGGAGAAAGCUGUGGUGCUGGAAUUGACUUUGAAACACUUGAAAGCGUUAACAGCCUUAACGGAACAGCAGCACCAGAAGAUCAUUGCUUUGCAGAAUGGGGAGCGGUCCAUGAAGUCCCCCGUGCAGGCCGACCUGGACGCCUUCCACUCGGGCUUUCAGACGUGCGCCAAGGAAGUGCUGCAGUACCUCUCCCGCUUCGAGAGCUGGACCCCUCGUGAGCAGCGAUGCGCCCAACUCCUUGGCCACCUGCACUCCAUUUCGUCGCAGUUCCUCCCCGGCCCCCAGCUCCUUUCCCCGCCGCCAGGCCCCCUCUGCAAGGGAUCCUCCUCCUCUUCCUCCACGCCCGCCCCCCCCUGCGCGCCGGGCCACAAGCCGGAGGGCCAGGCUAACUGCGUGCCCGUCAUCCAGCGGACUCACGCCGCCGAGCUCAGCGGUGAGACCGACACGGACACGGACAGCGGCUACGGCGGGGAGGGCGAGGCGCGCGCCGAGCGCGGCCCUGCGGCUGCCGGGGGCGCGCUGCCCGCCCUGGCCAUCAAGCAGGAGCCGUCGGGGGAGGAGGCUCCCCCUGCGCCCAAGCGGCUGAAGCUGGACCGCGGCGGCAGCCCCAUGCCCACCCCGCCGGGGCUGGCGGCGCGGGGAGCCGAGGCGGCUGCGGCGGCAGCGGCGGCGGCAGCGCUGGUGAGACCCGACGCCGCACUGCUGGGCUCGCUGAUGGCCCUGGGGGCGGGCGGCGGCGGGGUCCCCUUCGGACAGCCGGCAGCGGCCCCUUUCUGCUUGCCCUUCUACUUCAUCUCCCCCUCUGCCGCCGCAGCCUACAUGCAGCCCUUCCUGGAUAAAGGCAGCCUGGAGAAGUAUCUCUACCCCGCAGCCCCCAUCCCGCUCCUCUACCCGGGCAUCCCGGCCCAGGCCGCGGCCGCCGCGGCUGCUGCCGCCGCCUCCUCCUUCCCCUGCCUCUCCUCCGUGCUCGGCCCCUCCGAGAAAGUGGCCGCCGCCGCCGGGCUGCCCCCGGCUCCCCACCUCCCGCACCCCUUCGCUGCCGCCGCCGCCGCCGGGAUGGCCGCCGCCGAGCCCGGCGAGGACGCCGAUACCGCCACUGCUGAGGAGCCCGGUGCCGAGGGCCCCUGAGACGCCGCCGGCCGGGAGCUCCCAGGCGCCGGCUCCUCGCCGCCGCUGCCCUCCUCUCGGACUGGCCGUCCCGCCGCGGGGCGGGGAGGGUCCGUCGGGCCGGCACCUGCGCCCCCGGUUUCCUAUGGAGGGCAGGGCGGCAUCUGUAAGGGGUAGCCGGGGACCGGCCGAGCCGAGCCGGGAGCUGGCGGUUGCGGGAUGGCGGCGUCCGGCCCGGGGAGCGACCGCCUCGAGGGGAGCCUCGGUGUCCGCAGAGCACCGUCAAGGAGAAAAUUUGCUACUCAGUAUUUUUUUAAUGUUUGGCUUUAUACAUGCAUAAAUAAGGAAAAACAAGAAAAAAGAAAAAGGAAGAAGAAAUAGUAAGGAUAGUUUUUUUUUUCUCUCUCUCUUUCUAAGGUAACUUAAAUGUUGCACCUUAUUUGCAAUGGGUUCAUAAGAACUUGCACUUGCGGCCAGGGAGCCCCGGGUGGGCUCGGGGUGCGGGCGGGGCAAAGCGAGGCGAUGGAAAGAAGGAAGGAGGGCAGGCCCCCGCACCCGCGCUAGCACUUUACUGAGAGCAGGAGCGCAGAGAGACGGCAGCACCCCGAGCCCGAACCUGCAGUGCCUUGAGCACCCGGGGCUGCCGCUGGCUCCGGCGAGUUUUGGGUGUGCAAGGGAAGGAGGGGCAGACCCAUUAUGUAACCUUGUGUUUAUUUUAUAAUUAUUAUUUCUUUUCGGCUAAGGUAUACAGGUGUGGCAAGUGCAUUUGUACUCACCCUCUCUUUAUUUAAUUCAGUAUGUCCCCGAGAGAUUUCCCCCCGAACCUUGCUGUAUGAAAUGAAUGUUUCUGCACUGAGCUACAAAAAAUAUCCCCCCUCCUCUUUCUCCCCUUCAAGAAAACACAGAGCAACUCGUCAGCCUGAACUACUCCUCACUCACUUUAUCCUAAAUCCGAGGGACACAAAGCGGAGGCCGUAGGUAACACACCUCACUGUGCAAUCAGAAACGAUUAGACCAGUUGGGUAAGUUUCCCAAGUGGGUUCUCCCCUUCAUCCUGAGCUCAAAUGCCGCCGUUUCCCUUCCCGGAGACAAACCAGACUGCCAGAUAAUCACACGGAUAAAGCUUUUAGAAUAAGGCUUAAACCAAGACCUUGCCUAGAUAUUUUUAGUUUGUUGCCAAGGUAGCACUGUGAGAAAUCUCACUUGAAUGUUACGUAAGAGGUGAGACAUGACAGCCUGGCGAGGCGUGAGCACGCGUCCAUCCGUCCGUCCGUGCGGGCUCUGUCCGUCUGUUUGGUGCAUCCACUGCUGCUGUUGCUACUGUUUUGCCUCAAACGCUGUGUUUAAACAACGUAGUAAAAAAAAAAAAAAAAAAAAAAAAAAGGAAAAAAAUACCCUCUUACUGGCCUACAGAGUGGCUGUGUGUAAAUAAGUUGUUAAUACAUUCAAUUAAUGAUGUCUGACAUGCUAUUUUUGUAGGGAGAAAAUAUGUGUUAAUGAUAUUUUGAGUUAAAAACUUUUCUGGGGAGGGUUUGCUGAAAAAGUUGCACUUUUGUUACAAUGCUUAUGCUUGAUACAAGCUUAUGCUGUCUUAAAUUAUUAAAAAAAAAAUAAAUCCUGUCUGCAAGAAACCAGCUGGUUUAGAACAGUUUAGUAUGUGAUAUAUUAGAAAUCAAUCUUUAUAUUCAGUAUUUUCCAGCACUCCAUGAAUUCUAUUAUCUAAAUAUUUCCACACUAUUUUGUGAUUAAAAAAAAAAUUCUUACUAAGGAAUAAAAACUUUAAUACACAAAA